AAACCAAGUGAGGGUCCACCUGUUUUUUACUUUAGGCACCUUUAAGGGAUACCUUUAGUAGCAUCACUACAGGAGAGAUAGGGAAACAUGAAAGCUGUUUGCUUCAAAUCCUUUAAUUCCCACUGUUCUCCCCCAGAUAACUGGAUUGAAAAAUUAAGCAAGAUUUGUUUGGUUUUUUAGUAGUAUUCUCUUCACUAUUGCACAUUUCAGACCUGUUCCACUCUGGCACUGGGACUAACAAGCUUCUGGACUUUCUGGGCAGAACACUGGAAGGGCUAAAAGAGUGUAAAGGGUUUGGUUUGGUUGGUUUUUUAGGUCCUUGAUUCACACUUCUCAGUCUAGGCAGACUCUUGGAGCUUUCCAGGUUGCCAGGUGGGAGGUCUCUCCUCUGCCCUAAGUGACUCAUGGACUGGCUGGAUUGCAGGUCAUGUCGUCUCUUCUUAAAUGUGCCGUGGCAAAGUGUUUGUUCAAGCUGAGUCUAUCCAGACUGUAAAUUUUAUUGACAAUUUUAAGGUUGCAAAUUUUUUGGUUAGGUGUGUGGUAUUCCUUCGUCUGAUCCCAAGUAUGCCAGACUGUGUUAUGUUUACCUAUAUUAUAAAAACACCUUGGUUGCUUUGAAAGGUUGGUCUGUAAAGGAGUUAGGAAAUUAAAUGUACUUGUUGGGAGUAGGCAUCAUUUAAACUUGAGCAUGAGAGUUCUGUUCCAUCCAUUUCUUGUAUGUUUUACUGUUUUUUAAGAGAGGCUGCAUGCUGACAGUUUCUUGGCCUGGAGAUAAAAAGUGCUGCUUACCCAGGUUUGAUAGUCUGAUGGAAAAUUGUCUCCACGAUGUAUAACACCACUGGGAUUAUUUCUAGCCAUUACCAUUGGUCUCAUUUUACAACUGUUCACAUUAUGUAAUUUGAUGCUCAUUUAAUUUAAUGAGAGGAUGCUGCAGACUUACUUAUGACUCUGCAGGAUAACCUGUGUGCUUUGGCCACUUCUGUUAACCCUGCCAAAGGAGGAAAAGCAUAUUUUUUACAGGACAUGUUACAACAUCUUUAAUAUCUUUAUUAUCCACGCUUCCCAGAUUGCAGCAAAUGGGAGGACUACUUGCCUGGGGUGUAGAUUAUACUGGAAUGGCAGGAGAAGUUUAACUUUUUUUUUUUUCUUGAACUGCUUAUUAGACUUCUGUUGUAAGGUUAUCAGGAUGUAUUAAUGGACUCUUCCUUUUGUUGCAGAUGGAAUUUCAUGACUUGCUGUAUUUUGAAUAGGACGAGGAGAUGUGUCUGAUAAGGCCUUCUCUUUCACAUCUACCUCAGAAGCAACACUUGCAUCUUGGCUGCGUGUGUUUGUUUAAUCUAAGGAAGAGCAAAACUUCUUCAGAUGACCAUAAAAGCAGAAACAAUUGUUUGCCUCAAGAUCAUGUUACAGAAUUUGCUUACCAAGAAGAGCAGUUUUGGACAAGAGUAAGGAAAAAUACAUUGUGGAUACGUCACUUUGACAUCACAGAAUGAAAGCAGCAUCAAGUCAUAUGGCAAAGACAGCACAAGAAGAUACAAGAAUCUCACAAAUCCUCAAAAAUCAGGUGCUUGGCACACUGAACUUAGUGAUCUGUGUAGGAUUUGUGCUGUGGUCCAUUUAUUGAAGAUGUGAAACAACAUCGAGUCUGAGAUUGGAAUUACUGACAGACUGGAGGAAAUUUUAGUCCUUGUGAUGCACGUGGACAUGUUGAAUUAAAAGUAACUCUAGCUUCUUCUCCCUUCCCCUCCCUUCCCCUCACUCAGCUAUCUCAGGGUUCAUAGAGAUUUCAAUGGUUUGUGUGCCUGUAAGUUUGGAACAGAAGUGACCAAAAAUGGGGGACCAGCAAUUGUAUAAAACUAAUCAUACUGCCAACAACAAUGAGAACUUGUACUACGAACAACACCAAAUGAACUCCCUUCCAUCUCUAAAUCAUAGCUAUGGGACAUCUGUUCUGGAUGCUCCCCAGGCGUCCCCCCUCUCCCCUCCAUUUCCCCAAGAUUCAAGGGACAGUAUAGCUUUGCCUGUAGGUUCGAAAAGUCUUGGGUCGAUGGAUACAUCUAGACAAACCAGUUGGACACAUUCUGGCUCAGGAAACCACGUCCCAGCGAGGAACAGUUUGAAUAAUCAAAGCGCAAUGUGGAGCCCCCUCGGGCAGGGGGAGUCCCAUGACGGAUACCAAUAUUCUUACCCUCAACCCAGUGAAAACCGAUCGCAAAAAAUUACCAGUGGGGCCCUGCACAAAUUGGACUCCUUUACACAAGUAUUUGCUAACCAAAAUCUGAGAAUUCAAGUCAGCAACAUGGCUCAGGUUCUGCACACCGAGUCUUCGAUGGUGGAUAAUUCUGGUGACAGUGCGCUCAGGCAGCUGCUGUCCCAGAAGCCAGCGGUUGAGCAACAACCCGUAACUUCCACCGUGCAAAGAUACCAACCACUGCCACAGCAAACACACCAGAAUUUUGCAAGCACACAGCAAAAGCAACAAAUGCAAGUCAUGCAGCACCAACAGUUGUACUAUGACUACCAGCAGCACUUAUCGCAGAUGCAGAUGCAUUCUGCCUUCCAGCAGGGACAGGCGCACGUUCCGCAAAUGCAGUCCCAGCAGCUCCUGCCGCAGCAGAUGCAGCACUUGCAGCAGCCCCAGUACUACGCUCAGCCCCAGCAGGGACACCAGCGCCUCUCGAUCCAGGAGAUGCAGCAGCAGCAGCCAGCUCGGCAGCAGCGGCAGUGUCCAGUGCAGAUCGCUCAGUAUUACCAAACACAACCUGUCAUGCAGCAGUUACAGCAGCAGCAGCAGCAGAUGCAAUUGCCGCUUCCUCCGUAUCACAGGGAACCCGAUCCAAAGACUGUGCAUGAGCCACACCAGUACUCUCAGGAUCCCAGUCAUCCUGUGCAGCUUAUCCAGCUGGGAGCAGUGCCUCAGUAUUGCUUCCAGGAUCCCCACGAACAGUACAGGCACUUGUACCCCCAGAGCUUACUGCAGCAGCAGCAGCAAGACCAGCAGAAGCAAUACCUGAGCGAGAGCAGAGUGCCAUCCCUGAACUCCCACAUCGGCCUCACGCCACCAGAGACCGCUGAGGAUCCUGCACGGCAGGAGAUUAACUCUGUAGGUAAUGCUGUCCCUCAUCGAACUCUUUUGCCACCCUCGGGAGUUCAUCUGAACAACAAAAGCUCUCAGCAAGACUCCCCCAGCACCACGUGGCCUCAGCAGGUGCAACUGUCAGAUGGCAGACUGCAGCCACUGUCCCCAGAACAAAGUGGCCAGAACAGAGAAACACUUCCUGAGAGAGCUGAUGCGAAGAACAAGCUACUGUGUUCAAUAUGCUUGAAGGAAUUUAAGAGUUUGCCUGCUCUGAACGGUCACAUGAGGUCACACGGAGGAGUAAGAGCAUCUCCUAACUUCAAACAGGAUGAAGGAGAGAAACCACCCCAGCAGCCGCUGUCUAAAGAGGUGGAUGGCCUCGCGCCCAUCGUCAUGCCAGUGUCUGUCCCUGUAAAGCUUCUGUCACCUGAGCCCAGCACGCAGCCCUCUGCCAGCACUGCCACAGUCACAGACAAGCCUGCCAGCUCUGUGUCAGAUGACGAGAUGCCCGUUCUCGUGAAGAUGACUUACUCUCCACCGUGCAGUCCAAAAGUGGCCAACCCCUGCUCAUCCUCUGAAACUAGCAAAAAACCUCAUCCAAGCACUGUAAAAUUGGAAGAAAACUUCAAGCCGUUGCAGGACAAGAAGAAGUAUCGGCACAGACCCGAACCUCUCUUCAUCCCUCCUCCUUCCUUCAACCUCAGCAUGUCGCACUCUGGUGCCACUCUGUACCAGAGCCAGCUGCGCUCUCCCCGUGUCCUGGGCGAUCACCUGCUGGACCGGCCGCACGAGCUGCCCCCCUACACUCCGCCGCCCAUGCUCAGCCCCGUCCGGCAAGGCUCGGGUCUCUUCAGCAGCGUUCUCACUUCUUCUCACAGCGCAUCGCACGCUCAGCUCCCGCUGACUCCGCUGACUCCCACUCCACGGGUGCUCCUGUGUCGGUCUAAUAGUAUUGAUGGAAGUGUCAUUCCGGUGACGCCUGGGCCUGGAGAACAGACUGUUGAACCACGAAUCAAUAUUGGGUCCAGGUUCCAGGCUGACAUUCCUGAGCUGCAGGACAGAGUGCUAAUGGAGAAAGAUGUGCACGAGGCUACUUUGGUUUGGAAACCAUGGCCAGAACUGGAGAACAAAGUCUUCCAACAAAGAGUGGAAGACCUUUUAAAUAUGAGCUGUUCCAGUGUGUUACCUGGUGGAGGAACUAACUCAGAAUACGCUUUGCACUCUCUCUUUGAAGCAAAAGGAGAUAUUAUGGUUGCUCUUGAAAAGCUGCUGUUGAGAAAGCCAGUGAGAUUGAAGUGCCAUCCUUUGUCAAAUUACCACUAUGCCGGCUCUGACAAAUGGACACAUCAAGAAAGGAGACUGUUCAAAGAGGCAUUGUCCACCUACAGCAAAGAUUUCAUAUUUGUACAGAAAAUGGUUAAGUCCAAGACAGUUGCACAAUGUGUGGAAUACUACUAUACCUGGAAGAAAAUCUUGCGUUUGGGACGGAAACACAGAACGCGUUUAGAGAAGAAAAGAGAUGAAUGCUUGACAAGUGGAGAAGAGGAAGUGUUAGAGGAAGAUGAGGAGAUCGAAGAAGACAGAAAGGAAGAAAGGGAAAUGCAGAAGUCACCUGACCCACCAGCAAUCUCUCUUGUUGGACCUAUAGAUCUGCCUGCUGUUCAGGGUCUUUCACUGUCUUCAUCCUCCUUCAUCUGUGAAAUGCCAAACUGUGGCGCUGUGUUCAGUUCCCGCCAAGCGCUGAAUGGCCACGCUCGCAUUCACGGAGGUACGAACCAGGUGACGAAAACACGCUGCACCAUUCCCGGCACGAAGCAGAAAUCUGGUACGCAGAGCGGAUACUGCUCCAUCAAGAGCUCACCUGCCCACAGCACAACGAGCGGCGAGACCGACCCGACGACAAUUUUUCCUUGCAAGGAGUGUGGCAAGGUCUUUUUCAAAAUCAAAAGCCGCAAUGCUCAUAUGAAGACUCACAGACAACAAGAAGAACAGCAAAGGCAGAAGGCUCAGAAAGCUGCUGUGGCAGCAGAAAUGGCAGCCACUAUUGCAAGAACUACUGGGCCAGCUGGGCAUAGUUUGAUCCCCCUGGAUCACAUGAGUUUGGUUAAACACGUUGAAAAUGUUGGUGACAUUGAUGACGAUGUUGUUCCGGAUCUGGGUGAUGUCAUGGAAGAGAAUGAAGUCAUGGAUGCUGACCUCUUACUGGAUGAUGAAGAUCCAGAUCUACUGCAGGAUGAUGCUGAGUUGUAAAUAAAGUUGUUUGAUAGACAGCUACUGAGCAUACCCUGAAUGGAUCAAUCAGGAAACCUGGACUGCUUGUUUAUUCCCACUGAUUGUAAACUACCUGUUGAAAAUUAUAAUUCUUUUAUCCAGGUCUAGAAAAAAAAUCCGCUUUUUUCCCUUUUUUUUUAUUAAUUUGUGUCUUGGGGGAAGAAAUAAAUAAUUGGUACAAAUAUUCUUAUAAGGUGUUUUUAUCUGAGCUCUUUUUGCUGAUAACUUCCAAGGCCACUAAUUACAGAAGUUCAUGGUUCUGCUAUCAGUUCCUACCAGAUGGCCCUGGUAGAAUCUUUAGUCUUUAACUCUUCCAAGUUUCAUUUUAGCCCAAUUACAAGAAUAAAUUUCACACACUUCUGAUGAAACUUUUUUUUUUUUGCCUAUGUUGGAUCAUUUCCAGCAUCUUCUAGAGAGUAAAUGUCAUCUCUCUUAAAGAUAUGAUUACAUAAUUUGUCUUUGUGCUGCCAUUUUAAGCGAGAUGGGGAGGGGGGGGAAAUCUGGUUUAACUGUGAAAGAGUUAGUAAUAUCACAGUUCAUUUUCAGUUCUGUCUUGGUUACACAGGACAUUUUAGACCUUCCAUUUUAGCAAGGUUGCUUUUAAAAUGACCUAAUUUCAAGGAUUGAAGAAGGAAAAUGAUUGUUCUGUGGUUCACAUUCCCUGAUGGGAGCACUGAAUCAGGAACACUGCCUUGGUAAUCAGAUUGCACUGGAAAUAUUGUCCCGUGACAAUAAAUCACACUGUGGAAUAGCCACUUCGGUGGUUUUAGGGGAGUGUGUGCUUGAGCAAUGCUUACUCUCUCACCAGGAAAACACAGGGAACCAUUCUUGCCAUUGGAAAAGAGACUGAUAUGCUUUCAGCACCUAGGUAUAAUGUGCUCUUCCUGUGCCAUUUUCGGUCCUCCUCAUUACAUCAAAUUCAGCUGUUGUUUAUUUAUUAUAAACAUGCUGCAAAGGUGAGUUGAUGUUGCUGUUUAAUGACCAUUUCCCCUCCCUUAGGUUCAGAUCUACAUGCUGGACACCUGACAGAGUUUAUAUAAAUUUAGAUUUGGUUCUCUGAUUAAGCAGGAUACUGAAAGAAUUGUAUGUCACAGAAUAAAACAAUUAAGGAAGAAAUGGAGUUAGGUUGAGUGGACCUUUAAUGCUGGUUGCAGAGUUCUCACAGGCAGCAGCACUGAUUUUCUUGUGAAUUUUGCACAGUAGAGGAGUAUUGUUAACUUUAUAAAAUAUUUUGUAAGACUUAUUUCAGAUCUUCCAGGCUUUAGGUUUGUUUGGGGUUUUUUUUAAUGGGUUGGAUUUUAUUUUAUUGGGUUAUUUUUGCUAUAUUCCUGAUAUCUUCACCAGAACCUGAGGAAUGGUGGGUCUUAUCUUCUACUUCUUAUCCUUGUUUAACUAUGCAAAAUGAGGGUAAAUCACGGCACUUUUAUAGGAGUUACCAGACCACACAAGUUCAGAACCAGUGGGAGCCACUGACAGAGAGAGGUGCCUUCUCUGUCAAAGCCAAAUAUGUGAAGCCAAAUGACCUCAAGUUUCUACUUAAGGUCAAAUGUUCUGAUACUAAAGAAUAACCCUUCAGGAGAAUGGAAAUAACUUCUCAGUUUCCAGUUAGUGAAGUUCCUGUGUACGUGGUUGUGUUGGGGGGUUUUCCAGAGGCUUUUGCAGUAGGGUUUGACCAGCAGGCGGAAUUUCACUCCUGUCACAUAAGAGGUGAUGUUCUCAGUCAUUGUACCCUUGAGCUUCAGGAGAUCAGGCAGCAGCAGCCUUUUCUUUCCCAACCUGCCACUCAGCACAUUCCCCAGCAGUUCCUGUCCACGCUGUCACAUUUUACUUUUACAGGGGCCAUACGCAACCCAGGUUCAGCAGGCUGGGUACCACCAGCGAGACCCACUGACAAAAAAUCUCAUGGAUAGUGCAAGUCUUCGUGGUUUGCAAAGUGGAGGCUUUUGUGAGCAUAAAAACGUGUUGGCUGUCAGGAGCCUCUGUUAGAAACAGCCCAGCAGAGUCUACUCUUCCUCUCCCAAGCUUGUAUCAUUUUGAACUUUUAAGGAUCUUUUGAGAACGGCUCUACACUGGAAAAUGGACAGGUUUUCAGGUUCCCGGUGGUUAAAAACUGUUUAAGCAAAAUGAUGAUUGAAAUCAGAGUUCUGCUUGAAGAACUGAGUGAAAUACAGCAGUAACUUAGGGGCUUGAUUCUGAAGAGCAGCUCUGUAUUAAAGAAUCUACAGUGACACUUUUUUAGUAACAAUUGGACAGGACCUGUGCUGAACUUAGUAUCUAUAAAUAUAUAUAUACACGUACAUAUUCCUGGUUAAGUAACAUUAAUUGGGUGCUGUUUUAUUGUACAGCCAAUAAUACAAUAGAACAACGAUAACCAAAGAAGUUAUUCAUAAAGGAAAAAAAAAAUGCACAUUUCCUAAACAGAUUUAGGCCUCAAACAUUGACUUCGUCAUUAUUCAGUGUUGCAUUGGCUGAUGUUAAAUGUGUUGUUCUGCCUAUUUGUACGUGAGUUGAACAUAGUUUUGUUUCAGAAAACUUUUUUCUUGAUGAUGGUUGGUGAUGGAAAACUAUUCGAUAUCGGAUCUAGUCCUCUUUGAUAAAACGUGUACAUACAGAAAACAUAUUUUAUGAGAAAAAUCUUAUUUUCAAUAUUUAACUGUUAUUUUAUUAGAAGAUGGUUGUGUAAAUAUUUUAGGCGUUUUAGUGUAAAAAGCGGAUUGUAAUUUUAGGUGGCAGAGGAAGUAACAAAAUAAAAAAAAUAUACACAUUUGA